AUGGUAUCUCAUGGCGAGUCCGUAGCGCAGGCGCCUGGCCUGCAGUGGCGUGGCUCCGUCGGUGGCGCAAGUGUAAAAAUGAUCACGACAGCGGUGGGGCGUCUGUUGGCUGACUACGUGGUGCAGCUGCGUGAGGACAUUCAAUCUAUCGGCAUGACCGGCGAUGUCCCCUCUAACGCAGGUUGUGGCGUCGAGGAGGGCAGCGUAGUCAAGGUAGAGGAUGGAGGCAGCGGCUUCGCUGCGGAUAGCGCUGCUGCUACGCACCAUAUGGCAGGCUCACGGCGCACCAUCGAUACGGCUGACGAGGCAGUGCCGCUGACGGAGGCUGACGUGGCGGAGUUCCGACAGCGCUUACAACGACUGCAGCGCGUCAAGCACCUUCUUGUUCAUUUUUCGGCACGUACCGAUCGUCGUCGCGCGCACACGGGGGUCGCGGAGGUAUCUCGCCUCUCGUCAGGGAGCUUAGCAACGGCCGAUCCCGAGGAGGAUGACGCCUGUGGUGUGAGCUGUGAGACGCUGCGUCAGAAUCCUGUACUCAUGAUAGCACUGCGCCGCUUUGAUCGCAUUGUACAGUGCUUCCAAGGUACGGCGGCCCCACCGGUCGCAGUGGUGCAGGGUCAGGGUGGUGGCCUGCACGAGGCAGGGACGCACGCUUCCGUGUCGGAAACACGCAACGUGUGCUGCAUCCAGCCGCUGCUGAUUCUCGUGCCUCUCGCUGAAGGUGUCCUGCACGCUUUUAGUCACAAUGUGAAUAUCGUGUACCGUCGUCGUCCGAACGCAGCUGCGACUUCCGCUGCUGGCAAACGACCACGUGAUGAGGCCAGCGACUCCGCCGCAUCCUUUUCAGUCUCUACAGCGGUGGCACCAGAUCCGCUAAACUAUUGGAACCUGCUGGCCACGCAGCAGCGCAAGCGUCGCUUCGCCCUUUACACCUCCCGCUCCGCGCUGUUGCCGCGUGUGAACGCCGUGUGCGCGCCGCUGUACGUUUCCCCUGCUGUUCAGGAGCUUGCGCAGCUCAACUCAGAGGCCGAGCGUUUUAUGUUGAGGAGAGCUUGGUGUGUGCACACCAAGGCCCAUUUGCUGCGCGAGGUGCCGUGGGUUGCCCGCGAUGUCGCCGCGUAUCGAGUCGCCUUGCGCGAGGCCCUGCAGAGUUUUACCGAGUCGCAACAAGAUGCAUUCCUUUCGGGUGUAGUCUACGUCGAGUUCGUCUGCGCUGAGGACGGGAUCGUGCGUGUCUGCGUGCAGCAUGGACUCUUCCUGGAUCUCACCUAUGACGUGCGGCGCCGACAGUGGGUGCUCAUCGAGCUCCACUGGAAUCUCUUCACCACCAGCGCCGGUGCAUCACUCGUGACCUCGAAGACAGCAUUGGCGGUGCCUCAUGCACAGGCCCCGCCUGUUCCCCCAGCUGCACCUACCACAGCUGCUCUAGCUCCUUCGAUAGCUCACGGUAGUGUUCACGUCCCAGCCGAGUCUACCUCGCCAUUAUCUGACGCAUCCACGCCUGCGUCUUUUGUACAGGUUGUGCCUCAUGAUCGUGAGGCACUGCGCAACUUUCUGAAGGUGGCUUUUGCCCAGGACGGACUGAGUGGUGGGCUGCAUGCGGCGAACCGCUUGGUGUGCGCUGUUGUGCUGGACACCUUUGCCACCCAACUUCGAUCUCUGCAGGAGUCUUUCUUCACAGGCGGUGGACUCGGUACGCUUCUCGAGGCGGAGGUGAGGCCUGGCACGCAAAUCAGCCUUCACAUCUCCUUGCCAGAGCUCUUCGUGUCGUCGGCGCCGGUGGCACAUGUAAAGAUGACCAUGGUAGGCGGUACAGUGCUGCUGGAGUGCGUGCGUGGAACCGACCUUUCCACACGACAGGUGACACUGCCUCUCAGUACCUCGUCCCUGGUCGUUUCAGCUUCGCCGGGCACAAGUACUGCAGCGCGGGGGCCGUUGAUGCCAAUGGUGGAUAUGGAGGCCUUCUUGUGGAAGUGCGUGUGCGCCUUUGCUCCCCCCUAA